GAGGAAUCCUUGUGCCUGCUGCUGCUUUAUGGAGACUUAAAUUUUGCGCACGGCGGAUCUAUGAAGACGCAGACAGGUUUUUCACUCUCAACACCAGACACCGGGAACAGGGAGUGAUUUCUCCCCGCUGCCUGCAGCCCCCAUGCCGGGCAUUAGCUCCACCGCGCCUCGUUAUGAAAGCUGGGACAUGGACCACCUCGACCACUACCAGCAUUAUUUCUACGACGACCACGACCCGGACGAGGAUUUCUUCAAGUCCACGGCGCCCAGCGAGGACAUCUGGAAGAAAUUCGAGCUGGUGCCGACCCCGCCCAUGUCCCCCAUCCGGGCGGUGGAAGGGUCGGCCAGGGUCGGGCUGCUGUGCCCGUCUCUGGGGGAUAAGCUGGAGUGGGUCUCGCAGUUCUUGGGGCAGGAGGACGAGCAGCAACAGCAGCAACAGCAGCAGCAGCAGCAGCAGCAAGACCUGCCCUGCAGACUGACCACAGCCAACGACUCCUUCGGGAACCUGAGCUCCAUCAUCAUCCAGGACUGCAUGUGGAGCGGCUUCUCGGCCGGCCAGCAGCUGGAGAGAGUAGUAGGGGAGCGCUGCGCAUCCUGUCCCGGGACGGCUGCAAAAGUCGCCGCCGGAUCCGCGGUCACAUCCCCCGGGAGGGUGCAGGGUGCAGCCCCUGCCGACACCUCGGCCCUGAGCGGCUUGGCGGCGGACUGCGUGGACCCUGCUGCGGUGCUCACUUUCCCGUUAAACGGUGGAUGCAAGAAACAAGUGUCCUCCGGUUCAGAGUCACACACAGACUCAUCAGAUGAUGAAGAUGACAAAGACGACGACGAUGAGGAGAUUGACGUGGUGACAGUGGAGCACAAGCAGCAACGCAAACCUCGUCGCCUGGUCAACGCCCGUAAGCCGGUGACCAUAACGGUGCGAGCGGACCCGUUUGACCCCGGCAUGAAGCGUUUCCACAUUUCCAUCCACCAACAGCAGCACAACUACGCUGCCCCCUCCCCGGACACUCUGCCGACGCCGGCCGAGCCGCCUCGCAAGAGGGUCCGGCAGGAGGCCUCUACUCAGGCCAGCCAGCUUCACCAGAACUCUCACUACCAGCACCCACGGCCCGGCCACGCCCCCUUGAACUUGGACAGCAGAAGGUCUCACGUGACGGCGGCGGGAGUCAGGUCGGAGUCGCCUAACCUCAGCGCCUCGUCUCCUACCUCCUCCGCGUCGCCUUCAUCUCCCCCCUCAUCCUCUUCUUCCUCCUCCCAUCCCCAAAGCUCCCCUUCGAAGCCCCACUCCCUCGCCCACCUCUCCAGCCCCCAGUCGUCCGACUGCGAGGACACAGACAAACGCAAGGCGCACAACUUUCUGGAGCGCAAGCGACGAAACGACCUGCGCUCGCGUUUCCUGUCACUACGGGACGAGAUCCCGGGCCUAGCGGACUGCCCCAAGACUCCGAAGGUGGCGAUCCUGACCCGAGCCACGGAGUACCUGCAGCAGCUGCACGCCAGCGAGAGGCAGAAGGCUCAGGAGAGGAAGCAGCUGAAAGCCCGGCAGCUGCAGCUGCUACAGAGGCUGGCUCAGCUCAAACGGUCCUGAACGACGGGACGGGCUGUCACCUCACACGUUACACUCACAGAACUGAAUGGGGACUACAUGAAGGAGAAAAGACACUAAUGUUCACUUUGAGUUGGUCACGUUGGAAUAGUGCGGGUGGAUUUAUUAUUAUUAUUUUUUUCUGUUUUGUUAUUUUUGUGGUUUGCACAUUAGCUUCUGAGUGAUUGACAAGGCCGCAAGCCAUCAGGACAGCCAGCUAGGGACUGAUGUUAUGAGGCAUCUUUCGGGCAGAUUGACAUGUCCAUGGUCACUCAGUAUAGGUUCGUCAAACUGUUCAAUCUCCCCUUGUGAAAAAUAUUCCAAACUGUUGCUUGCUACAGGAAGGCCUGCCGUGAAUGCAGCAGUGUUUAUUUGAUAAACUGCUUCAACUGUGCUGUUAACUGCUGCACUGGUCUCCUUGAAUGUGAUAGGGCUCGUUGUGCUUGCACAGCUGUGAUGUCUCCCCUGAAGUUUCUUUGUAGACCCCCGCCUCCCCCCCUUACAAAGUUCAUCUCUUUUACGGUCCUCUGCCCCUUAGUGCUCGGCACACAACUUGUAAAUUUCAAGUUGCGCCUACUCUCUUCCCUGCUCUGUUUUAUUUCUCUUUGUCUUUCUCUCAUUAUCUCACGACGUCUAUCCUCUCCUCUGUUUGUUCCUUUGCUUUUCUUUGCUCCUUUUCCUCAUCAGCAGUCGGGAGUUUCUAACUUCACGCGAGCCUGAGACCUGCGAGAGUAAUGUUGCAAGGCUACAGUGUCGCUCUGCUUAUCUGGAACAGACGAGGUUAAAUCUUAAACUUCUGUGCCUGCAGGCGCCACUCAUAACUUUAGUAUUUCCUUCUUGCAUCACAAAUGUUUGGAGAGCGGCGUCAUGAUCACAGCGACGGCCUGUUUUUGUAGCAUUAUUUGGAGAAAAUAAAAAUAAGUUGCCAUGCAGACAUUGUUUGACAUUCAUCCAGAUUUUUCACGAAAACACAAUCUGUGAAAAACACUAUUGAAAACUUUUCCCGAGAUCUUUAUUAUUGUUGUGCCAUGGAGACCAGCCAAAAGGUGAAUGUCGGCUUCAGUUAAAUACCUAAAAAGAAACCUUUCAAGAAUGGCUUAAAUUAAAACCUGCGUUCGAGCAACAUCCAAAAUGCCAUCUUUUUUUGCUUGGAGAUGAAGCCCACUGAGUUCCAACUGUAUAUUUCUUUCAUCUUGCUGUCUGAUAUGUUUGUAUUUUUUUUUUUUUGUUGAUGUAAUGCCUUUAGAAGCCUUUUAAUGUAUGUAGACUAUCCAGUUGGAUGUUAUGUAUAUAGGACUCUUACUGUACAGUCCCUUCCAAACCAAAACCAGAGCUGUCUACUAUACUCAUCCUAGUUUUUCUUUCGGAGCCCCGCGUCCUAAACCCGGGGGCCAAGCUUGCUGGCUUUUCAAAGAUAACUCAAAGCUUCUAUUUUUGUUAAGAAAAUGAUUAUGAAAAAGAGUCAAAAUAAAACACUUUGAACAUCGAUCACACUAGCCACUUUGUCACAAUGGUUUUGUUGUUUUUUUGUUUUUUUUGCAAAGCCUACUUGUUUUCUUUUACUGCUCAUUAAUUUUCUGUCUCUGGGGUUUCUUUAUUUGUACAAGUCAGAGAUGACAAAAGUUUUUAUACUAUAUUUUCCUACAGAGUUGUGUUUCAGUGUGAGCUAAUGACUGUUUUCGUUUAUUGUAGCUGGCAGGGCUUCAUUGGUGGUUGUGUGCUGAAAAUUGGUACGUGUGCGGCUCUGCUUUCUCUCUCUGGAGCGGGAAGCACCUGAACGCUCCUGUAUUCAAUCCAGUCACUGUAGCUGUAGCACUCUCUUAGAUCUGGUGGUGUAGAGGGGGGGGUGGGGGACUUAAGAGGAUCUACCGAUUAAACUUCUGGCUGUGUGUAGCCUUUAGUAACCUUAAUGUUAAUGCUUUCUCUCUGUUUUUUUUUUUUUUGCAAGCCCGGUGCUCCCUAUUGUCCCGCAAGCCAUGUGACAGACAACACUGUAGCCCUGGAUCUAGUACUGUAAAUGACUCUAUCAUGAUGAGUAGCAUGCCCUGCUUUAAAAGCACUCAGGAAAAUCCAUGCAGCACCAUAGCUCUUGUGAUAGGGCCAUAGACCGCGCUUGAAAAGAAUGCCCCCUAUUAUAACAUGCUGUAUGUGUAAAAUAACCUCAAGACGCCACUUCAGAGCUGAGAAAAAGAGCAACACGUCAGAGGAUUCACGAUGGAUUAGGUUGAAUAAAUACUUAAAGAUAUCAUUAAUGUUUCCCUUCUUCCUCUUCCUUCCUCAAAAAUGCUAAUUAAAUCAGCACCGACCACCAGAAGCCCUGAUUGGAUUUUUUUUCACCCCCCAAUAUGGUGCAUCCACAUCAGUGGAUAGCACAGACUUUUUUUUUUAUUUUUUAUUUUUUUAUUUGACUUGUAUUGGUCACUGGUCUCUGCUGUGGCACAGUCAUAGUAGCAGUGGACGUUGCUUACUUACUUCAACGAUGGUGAUUUUGGAGCCUUGUCUCAGCACUUUGUUUUUUUCUGUACCUCAUAAGCCUCUAUGUAUGAAGAGUAAGUCAGAAAAAUUAAUAAAUUUCAUGGUUUGACAUCAUAAA